CUCGACAGUUGAAAUAAAAUUUCAGUAACUAAGUAUCAAGCAAUCUGAAGCGGAUUUUAAUUUUCUUUUCAAUUUUGGAAAUAAGACAGAAAUAAGCAUGUGGAUAGCGGUCGGUUUAUUGUGUGUGGGCCUUAUCCAAUUCGCGGCCUCUCAGGGCGCAAACAGUGACUUCUCAAACUUCGCAAUGUUUUCCAAUGGCGGCGGCGGCAGUGCGGCUGCCACCAACUUGGCGUCUGGCGGCCCGGGAUCCAACGCUUUUGGAAGCCCAAUGCCUACGAGCUCAUCUGGUACAUUUGGCAGCGUCGGAGGCGGCAGCGGACUGACCCAGCAGGACAGUGGAAGUGGAAGCGGGGGCUUGGUAUCCGCGGGAACCAAUCAGAAUAUGGGAGGAUUUGGACAGUCCAGCCAAGGCCAAGGCCAAGGAAUGAACCAAAUGAAUAGUAUGCAAAAUCAAAUGAAUGGGCAAAUGGGCAUGGGCUCCGGUGGACAGAUGGGAAUGAACAACCAAAUGGGAAUGAAUGGACAAAUGGGUAUGAAUGGCGGCCAAAUGGGUAUGAAUGGACAAAUGAACCAAAUGAGCAACCAAAUGAGCAACCAAAUGAACAAUCAGAUGGGAAAUCAGAUGGGAAAUCAGAUGGGAAAUCAGAUGAGUGGUGGAAUGAACCAGAUGAAUCAGAUGGGAAUGGGAGCCCAGAACGGUAUGUCCCAGACCAACAACGGAAUGUUCUCGGAUCCAACCGCAAUGGGAAACUUCAACCGUGGCGACUUCAACCAGAUGGGAUUCACAAAUUCCCAGGCUCAGAGCUCUCUAUUUAACGACCAACUUGCACAAAACGGACAAUUCAACGGACAAGGAACCCAAUUCGGACAGCAACAACAACAAUUUGGACAAACUCCCGGAAUGCAGGGAAUGGGUGGAAUGCCAGGAAUGCCUGGAAUGGGUGGAAUGCCAGGAAUGCCGGGAAUGUCUCCAUUUGGACAGUUUGCUACCCCCUUCACCAGCAGACCCACCACUUUUGGCCCCUUCCAGGACCCCAAUAUGAACAUGUUUGCCCCUAUGAACCCAAUGAUGGGACGGCGACCAAUGAUGAUGGCCGGCCCCUUUUCACCGAUGAUGGGACGUGGAAUGAUGCCGGGAAUGGAAAUUGGAAGGACCAUCUUUGACGCAAGGGGCAACCCCGUUGGCUCCACUUCCUCCGCUAGGCCCAUUGGCGGUCUCACACAGUCGAGUGCAUUUGGACAGCAGACCCAAGGUGGCUUCGGAUCCCAGGGCGGUCUCACUCAGUCGUCCGGCAGCAUGAGUGGAAUUGGACUUCCUCUUAACGGACAGAUGGCUGGUAUGAGCAACGGCGGGUUCGGUAACGAUGGUUUCGGCCAAUCAAAUGGUGGCUUCAUGACCUCUUCAUCGUCAUCGACACCUUUCGGAAACGCUGGCUUUAGGGGGAUGGAUGGUGGGGCGUUUGGUCAAAGCGGCUUAUCCCAGGCUGGUGCUUUUGGUGCACCCACUGGCGGUAUUAGAUCCACUGUUUCUGCAAGCGGAAAUAGCUUUGCUUUGAACAAUAAUGGUAGACCCGUCACAAGCCGAAUUCAGCCUUUCAGCGUGGGCAAAAGGAGGAGGAAGUAGUUACCAGGCCAGUGGUGGUCUGGCAUGCGCAGCGCUGAGGGGAGGUCAUUCGGAACACAUUGAACAUUUUCGCAGAAAAUAAUUUGCUGAGAGAAGAAACAAGUGUUUUGAUUGUGUCUGCGUCUGCGUUGCUUCUAGUCAUAAUAUUUUGUAAAACGUACAUAUAGAGGUGCUUUGCUCUUGUAUUGUUUAUUGUAAGUUUUAUUGAGAAAAAAAAUGUACACAUGUAGAAACAAAAUUUUGUGUUUGUAAUUUCUGCUCAGUGUUUCUACUGUAAUGUGGUGUUAAACCUAUCCAACUAUUAAGAAAUCCAUGUUCAUGUACACACUUUAAAGAGUCCAUCGUUAAUAAUGUGGCUGGAUAUUUUGAUAUAUACGUGUUUGAACUAAAAACUUAAUCCCUGUGUUUUCGGUUGAAAAUAAAGUU